AUGGAUUUGAACAAGCCUCCCCCAGAAUUUGAUUAUGAUUUCUUAGAUGGAGUUGAAUCAAAUCCUUCCUAUUGCACACAAGCAACCCCAGCUAUUUCAAGUUUACAGGUCCAAACACAUCAAACAGACCAGGAUGUUGGGGGCACUCUGAUUGCUGAUGGUGAACACCAAGAUGCUCAUGGUUUUGCUGUCAAUACUGAAGAAGCUAUUGGUGAUGGUGUUCUUGAGGAAAUUGUAGAAGGAGUUGUGGAAGAGGAGGCAAGGGAGUUCUACAACUCAUAUGCAAAAAGAAUUGGCUUUUCUACCCGUACAAGCACUACACGCCUUUCGAGCUUGUCAAGGGAGCAAAACAAGGUUCAAUUUGUAUGUAACAAAGAAGGACUUGGGAGGAAGGUCAUAGAAGAUCAAGUGACUGCUGUUUCUGAUGAUAGCAAUUAUGAUGAAGAAGACUCGGAAGAUGGUAAUGAUGGUUCAGUUAAGAAAAAAAAGUUUGACGGCGGCAAGAAGAGAAAGAUGGAGAAGAUGCAGUAUACAGACUGCAAGGCAAGGAUAGUUGUCAAGUUAAUUGCUAAUAGGUGGCAUGUAAUAUACUUUGCACCAGACCACAACCAUGAUCUUGUUGUGAAGCCGUCACUGAAAAAAUUCCUAAGGUCUCACAAAGGGAUACCUAAAGAGGAAAAGGAAUCCAUUGCAUUGCUGCACGGGUGCAACUUGAGCACUGGUCGGAUAAUGCAAUUGAUGAAUGAGUUUUAUGGUUCUGCGCAGCUAGUUCCAUAUGAGGGGAAAGAUGUUGGCAACUUCCGCUCCACUAUUAGAAGAAUAGAAAAGUACAAGGAUGUGCAGAAAAUAUUAGACUACUUUAGAGAGCUGGAACAAGAAGAUCCAGAAUUCUUCUACAAAAUUAAGCUUGAUGCUGACCACAGGGUGGAGUGCCUAUUUUGGGUUGAUAGUGCUGCAAGGCAUGCCUAUAUUGAAUCUUACAGUGAUUUGGUGUCUUUUGAUGCUACCUACGUGACUAACAUGUAUGAUAUGUCAUUUGCUCCAUUUAUUGGUAUCAAUAAGCAUGGGCAUUCAUUCAUGUUGGGUUGUGCCUUCAUAAGGGAUGAGAAAACUCCUAGCUACAUCUGGUUGUUUGAGACAUUCCUAGAGACAAUGAAAGUCAACUCAAAGAAGCGAGGGGUCAAUGCUGUUCUAAAAAAGUAUGUGAAUCCCAACAUGUCUGUUCUGCAUUUUGUUAAACAAUAUCAAAAGAUCCAGGAUAAGUGCCUUGUUGCUCAGGAUGGUCAAGACUUUAGGACAGAUGACAAGAAAACUGCAGAGUAUGAUGUGAAAUCUGAAGGUCAAUUCCAGUAUUGGUUAGUGCCAAACAACAAUUUUGUUUAUGGGUAUGGCAAAAGGAACUACCUUGUGACAGCACUUGAGGAAGAGGAAAAUUACUGCUGCGAGUGCAGCAAAGUUGAUAGAGAUGGAAUGUUGUGUUGCCAUAUAUUGAAAGUGAUGACAAGAUUGGGUGUGAAGGCUAUUCCUCAGCGGUACAUAUUGAAAAGAUGGACACAAGAAGCAGUCCCUGACAAUGAGGGUGAUGCGCCUAAUGCCCAUGUGCAAGCAGAUUUCAUAGCGCGUGUUGAGGGCUGUGUAUCAAAGGAGGUGUAUACUAUUAUGGACAAUCACAUAAAACAGAUUCGAAUUGAGGUUGAUGAAGUUAAGAAAAGGAAGAAGAAAAACACGCAGAGGGGGCGCAAAUGCCAAGCAUCUAAACCUGAACCUGAAGCACUUAAUAGUGUGCCUGCUGGUCCUGGUGCAUCUGAAAAUGCAAGUUUAUUGGCUCCCAUCCCAACUGAUAACAGUAGUAGUGCCCCUGAGGACAAUCCUGCUGAAUUGGCUGGUCCAGUUGCAAUACCAGAAAGUGUGAGUAACCCCCCGAGGUCAAAAGUGAAAGGGCGCAAGAAGGAGAAAAGACUGAAGAAGGGGAUGCAUGUAGAAUCGAAGAGGCAGAACAAGUGCGGGAUCUGCAGGUUGACUGGUCACAAUGCUGCAAAGUGUAGCAGUAAAAAGGAAAUAGAGGAUGGAAAGUUAGGGGCCUAG